AUGUCAACUUGGGGAAACAUCGGAUCAUCUGCUCCUGGAGAGGGUUGCAACGAUAGCAAGGCGAAGGACGCCGUGGAGGUUGACUGGUUCUCCAACGGACACGACAUCUUCAGUGGGGGUGCCGACACGCUUCUCGUUGUUGACCCGCGCGACGUGAGGCGGGCGGAGACGGCGCCGUCUGUCCUUACGAUAUUCUCCGCUGACGGGAGACUGUGUGUCGGCGGCAGCCUGGAGGAGGAGGUGCCGCCGGAGGAGGAGUACCGCUACACAGAGGAGUAUCACAUGUUGUACUACUCCAAGUACCCACGCGACCCACGCAUGCUCGUGCCGCUGCGCAACCGCGGCGCGACGAAGCGCGGCGGCGAGACGGGACUUCCCGGGCGCGGUAUCUCGGCAGCCAACAAGGAACAUCAGGAGGGCGACGGCACUGUGACCGCUUCCACUGCCUCGAACAUUAUCAUGAACGUCGAUGAUGUAGAUGAGUCGUCUCAGGAGGCAAAAGAGAAGGGAGCAGCGUUUGCGCAGAGUCUUCUGGAUUCACUUUCAAAGAAGCAACAGGAAGAGCAGCAACCACAUUCCUCUGGCAUGGAGACGUGCCAGACGUCUUCCCAUCUUCCCGCUGACAGCGUCUCAACCAACACGACUCCUUGUGGAAGUUACUUGCAGCCUAACGCGGGUAGUGGAACAAGUAGCAACUGUGCUGCGCAUCAGCAGGACGAUCUGGCGGUCCAGUCCAUGCGACAGGUCGGAUCGGCAUCACGUCGUCCACCAGGUGGUGGGAAUCGUUCUUUCCCGAACGCCGGGUCGAAGAAAAAUGCACGCCGGCAGAUGAAAGGGGGUGAUGCUGUCAGCAGCCGACUUGCACGCGAUGAAUUCACGCCAAUGCGUGAGUAUCUUGAAGGUGUGCGCUCGGAGUGCACAUAUAACGAUAUCAAGGGGCACAUCGUCGCCCUCAGCAAGGAUCAAGACGGAAGCCGUUUUGUGCAGCGUCUCCUUGACGAAGAGGAAAAUGUGGAGUCCAUCUUUAACGAAGUGCUUCCCAACACACAUGAACUGAUGAUCGAUGUCUUCGGAAAUUACGUGUUACAGAAGCUUCUGGAUGUUCUGUCUGUGGGCAGUGAUGAGUCGAAGCAGCUAUUGGCACAGGUGAGCGGACGUCUGAAGGAGUAUUCAUUCCAGAUGUACGGAUGCCGUGUAAUGCAGAAGUUCCUGGAGCGCGCCUCACUGGAAACACGUGAGGAGAUUCUUCUUGAGUUGAAGGACUCGCUUGUGGACUGCGUUUUUGAUCAGAACGCCAACCAUGUGGCGCAGAAGAUCAUAGAGGUGAUGCCAGAGAAGACGCAAUUUGUGACAGAGGCCUUUAUGUCACGUCUCAAGUCCCUCUCACGUCACCCAUAUGGCUGCCGUGUGCUGCAGUGCGUCUUUGAGAAGUGCUCACCGGUGCCGGAAGUAAACAUACGCCCACUCCUUGAGGCUGUCCUUGAUCAUGUCCACGAGUACGUGAUGGAUCAAUACGGCAACUAUGUCGUGCAGCAUGCCUUGCUUAACGCGCCGGAGGACCUUCGUCAGCGUUUCGUCGAUCUCCUUAUUCCUCACGUCUACGCGCUGUCGUGUAGCAAGUUCGCCUCCAACGUGGCGGAGAAAACUAUUGUGAAGGCAAAUGAAGAAGAGCUGCAGCGGAUCGUGGAGACUCUCACCCGUCCAUUGGGUGGUACAGAGGAUGGAAAUUACCUCAUCCUCAUGAUGCAGGAUCCGUACGCAAACUAUGUUGUGCAGCGCCUCCUUCAGCAGGUAAACAAGCAGCAGCAGCAACACAUUGCGGAGCAGACGAGGCCUCAUAUUAUGAGCAUUCGCCGCUCGGUCUACGGUCAGCACCUUGUGCAGAAAAUGGAGAGCAUGGGUAUAUUCUCCUGGGUCGAUGGCGACGUGUACAACAACAGCACCAGCAACACCAACAGCACCACCAACUACUACUACCGUGACAGCAGCACCGCCGGACGUGGGGGUGGCAAAAAGAGCCGUGGCGGAGUAGGGGGUCGUGGAGGUGAACGUGGCCGCUCCUCUGCCGGCAGCAACAGCCUCACACCUGGAAAGCGCCCACUGACAGCUGGUGCACCGUAUCAACAGGCAACAGCUGCGGUCGCUGUCGCCGGCCGGAACGUGCUGCCGUUGGCAACUGCAGGAUCUGGAUACGGCUACAGUUAUCUGGCAUCUCCGUCAGACCCCAUCAUGGCACCACCGCAGCAGCACCCAAUGGCUGCUCCUAGCUUGACAAUUGGAGGUCGGACAUGCUAUCCCAGCAUGAUGCCGCCACCACAACAACAACAGCAGCAGCAGCAGCAACCACAACAACAACAACAACAACAACAACAACAGCGGCAACCUUUCGCCUUGCAAAGCCGGCACGAUCCCUACACCUCAGCGGAAAUGGUGACGACACAACCACAACAGAUACCCCAAGCUGGAGAUGUCUAUGCAACGAAUACGUUUUAUGCAAAUGGCAACGGUCUGAUGACACACACACAGAAUGACGGUUGGACACAAUCGUACCACGCCUUUGGGCCCUCUGUGCAGCAGACAAUGCUGUACAGCGGCAACACCUCUCCCAAUGUGUAUCCCAGCAUGAAUGCAGCGUUUGAGCAGGGGCGGUACAAUCCGAUCAGUUCCACUCCACCAGUGCAGAUGCAGCAGCAAUAG